AUGCUAUCCCAAUUUGCAAACCUUCAAUAUGAUGUGCCGAUGCUCAUUACUGCAGCAGGUAUCCUCUGGAUCGUGUAUUACUCACUUAGAGUUCUUUUCAAUCCAUUGCGUGAUGUAAAAGGCCCAACUCUGGCGCAAUACACUCGUCUAUGGGAGGCGUACAAGAACUGGCAAGGCCAAUUGGAGCACGUCACAGUUGCUUUACAUAAACAAUAUGGUUCUAUUGUCCGGCUAGCCCCGAACCGUUAUAGCAUUAGCGACCCGACGGCGAUUCGCACUAUUUAUGGUACAGGGUCGAAGUUCAGUAAAUCUGAUUACUACAUUCCCUUUGGCACGCCAUUGGACCAUAAGGAUGUCUUUUCGGAGACAAGCAAUGAGAAGCAUGCAGCGGAACGCAGGAAGAUCUCCAACAUGUACGCCAUGAGCUCUCUGGUAUUAUACGAGCCAUUCGUAGACAAAGUGAAUGGCGAUUUCAUGGCCGUGUUGGCCGAUCAUGCUCAGCACGGCAGGGCGUUUGAUUUGUUCACCUGGAUGCAAUUCUACGCGUUCGAUGUGAUUGGUGAGAUUACCUUGGGUCGUUCAUUUGGUCUACUCCAAGCUGGUCGCGAUAAGGACGGGCUUCUGCAUGCUAUCCAUGUCGGGUCAAUAAGCUACGGUUCUACGAUUGGUCUCAUUCCUGAGCUUCAUACAUUGUAUCUUUGGCUCCAGAAUAUGCUACCUAUCGACAGCCACUGGAAAGUCACGCAAAGAGUAAUUCUGAGGGAGAUUGGUGCAAGAUUGCAGGGUGUCAGUACUAGCGAUCGCAAGGACUUCCUUGCCAAGUGCAUUGAAUUGAGCAAAGCUGGCAAAUUGGAUCAGUCUACCAUCAAUAAUGUACUGGGUUCCAACAUUGGCGCAGGUUCCGACACAACUGGCAUUAGCAUGAGUGCUGUCAUCUACUUCCUCAUGAAGCAUCCUAAUUGCUUACAGAAGCUUCGUGAUGAGAUUGAGACUGCUGAAAAGGAAGGAAAUCUAUCCAACCCCGUCUCCUUCCAAGAAGCUCAGAAGCUUCCAUACUUACAAGCUACCAUCAAGGAGGCCUUAAGGUUGCAUGCAGCAGUCGGUCAGAUUCUCAGCAGAGUGGUUCCUGAAGGCGGUGCACAAAUCGCUGGAAGACACUUCCCACAAGGUACCGUAGUUGGUGUGAAUGCGUGGGUGAUCCAUACGGAUGAAAACAUCUGGGGCAAAGAUGUACACGAGUUUCGGCCUGAACGUUGGCUGGUUGAGAAAGAACAACUUGCCUUCUUGGACCAGAAUUAUUUAGCUUUUGGAGCAGGUUCAAGAACAUGCAUCGGCAAAAACAUCUCACUCCUCGAAAUGACGAAGCUCUUGCCCCAGUUAGUACGACGGUUUGACUUUGUCCCUGCAGGUGAUAGCCAGUGGACAACUAGCAGUGGGUGGUUUGUCAAGCAAAGAAUUCAAGUCAAGGUUAUCGAGAGAGCCUAA